AUGAUUCGUGCUAAGUAUCCUGACGGCAGUCCGGAAAUGACAGGGCAAUGGCUGUAUGGCGCCGGCCAGGCCAUGGGUGGAGGCGACUAUGUUGAUGCCUUUGUCCGGGAUGGCUUCACGGCCUGGGCACCACCCCGCCGUCGACCUGCGGCUCAGGAUGUCAUCGUCACUGCCGACGAUUGGCCAGAGGUCGAGUGGCCGAAGACCUCUCCAGAUGGUUCGACCACGUGGACAGGCAUGGGAGACUUCGGGGAGUUCUACCUCGGUGUUGGAGGCACCUGCGACGAUGUCACACCAUCAGUUGGCUACUGGUGCGGUGACAAUGCUCCAAGGCAUGUCCAGGCUCACAACUCACCAUCAGGCAUUUUCAAUGCGUCCCGCAUUCUGCCGCACUUCCAGAAGUACACCAGCAACGCCUCAGCCAAGCCUGUCAUCAACGCCUGGCGUGGUGGCGGCCGCUGGUUUUCCUGGCAGUUCCUCGUUGACGAGGUGAACCCUCGCAAUGACUCCUUGACCUUCUCCGGCAAGCGUGGGGGAAACCAAGGAGCGGAGGGUGUGAACUCUGGUGGGCAGUGGUGGAUCGAGAACGUUCUGCCGGAAUGCGAUGCUCCGAACGAGUUUUUCUAUGACCCCAUGACCAGGUCUCUCUACGUUUCCUUCAAUGGCUCGAAGGUGCAUCCUGACGGGUCGGAGAAGUGGGUGGUGCCGGCAACACAGGUCAUCCUGAACAUCACGAGCAGCAACAGCAGCGUCCGUGGAAUCGAAAUACGCGAUUCCAAGAUCACCUACUUGGAACCUCACGGCUUGCCAUCAGGUGGAGACUGGGCAAUCGAACGGCUGGGAUCCGUGUUCAUCGGCGAUGCAGACAAUGUUCGCAUAGAAGAUUGUCACUUCACCAGACUGGAUGGAAAUGGAGUGUUUCUGGACGGCGCCGUGAAGAAUGCGCUCUUGCAACACAACGAGUUCUCCUACAUCGGCAACUCGGCCAUGGCAGCGUGGGGCUACACGAGCGACUGCCUCAACACCAACUGUACAAGGAAGCUGCCGGCAGGCAGUCGGAUGGGGCCAGAUGGCCGUGCCAUGCAUGCCCCCAUCGGUACAGUGGUGCGACGAAACCUGGUCCGCGAGAUUGGAAUAUGGCAGAAGCAGUCCUCCAUGUGGUUCCAGGCAGUGGCUGCCGAGUCGCAGAUCCUGGAGAAUGUCCACUUCAACGGUCCGCGAGCCGGGAUCAACUUCAACGACGGUUUUGGGGGUGGUGACCUUAUUGAAGGAAAUGUGGUGGGCAACUGCGUUCGCGAGUCUGGAGAUCACGGGCCCUACAACAGCUGGGACCGCGUGCCAUACAUCACCACGCUCCGCACUGGCAAGCCUUCGAUCAUUCCGAAGGACCGGCACUUCACUCGAAACCUGUGGUUUGGGACGUACAGCACCCAGGAAGGUGCAGACACGGACGAUGGCUCCUCGUACAUGCUGCAUGAUUCGAACGUCUUCGCUUUUGGGACGAACGGCCUGAAGAACGACUUCGGUGGGCAUGACAAUCGGCACAGCAAUAACAUGUACCUCUUCGUGGACACUUGUUGGGGUAUGGGUUUCGGACCGGGCACGAAAGAUGGAUCUGCCAACAACGAUGCCUUCACCGAAAACUCAUGCCUGCUCAAACCCAGAGGCUCAUAUGGAUCUGACUGCGGCAACAACCCCUUUGGAUUCCUCACGUACGGGAACCAGAUAUAUACCCAGGACGGCGGACACGGGAUGUGCACUCCGGGCCGUGCCCAACUCGAGUAUGCUGAGCUUCUGCGCAUGUCGUGCGCCGGCCUAGUAGCUGGGGUGCCUCGGGCAGAUCACAUGUGCACUGUUGUCAGGAUGGCACUCUUCAAGUCUGCGGAGGGCAUGACCUGA